AUGGCUAAUAAUAAUGAUCGGAGGAAUUGCGAGAGAUCGGAGACAUUCAGGAAUUAUUUGACAGCUAAUCCCGAGUUCAAAAAUCGACGUCCGGAUAUUUUGGAAGAGAUGGCCACGUAUUUCGAGAAGGAGGAGGUGAGCUUGCGAAGCACGGCGUUUUUGGCGCCAAAAAUUCAAUCUACCGCCUCAGAAGCCACGUGAAUUGCUAUGACGUUUACCAUAUCAUGACAAUCCACGUGGCCGCUAAAGCGGAAGAUAGUCUACACUCGCGCUUCCGCGCUCGAGACAUUGCUCAGGUUAACAUCGAGCGGAGCGAGUGUAGACCGCAAGCUUCCGCGUCAGCGGCCACGUGGAUUACUAUGACGUUUACCAUAUCAUAGAAAUCCACGUGUCCGCUAAAGCGGAAGACAGUGCCGCUGACGCGGAAGCUUGCGGUUCACACUCGCGCAGAGCGCUCGGGUCGAGCGGAGCGAGUGUAGAUCGCAAGCUUCCGCGUCAGCGGCCACGUGGAUUACUAUGACGUUUACCAUAUCAUUACAAUCCACGUGGCCGCUAAAGCGGAAGACAGUGCCGCUGACGCGGAAGCUUGCGGUCUACACUCGCACUUCCGCGCUCGAGACAUUGCUCAGGUUAACAUCGAGCGGAGCGAGUGUAGACCGCAAGCUUCCGCGUCAGCGGGCCACGUGGAUUACUAUGACGUUUACCAUAUCAUAGAAAUCCACGUGUCCGCUAAAGCGGAAGACAGUGCCGCUGACGCGGAAGCUUGCGGUUCACACUCGCGCAGAGCGCUCGGGUCGAGCGGAGCGAGUGUAGAUCGCAAGCUUCCGCGUCAGCGGCCACGUGGAUUACUAUGACGUUUACCAUAUCAUUACAAUCCACGUGGCCGCUAAAGCGGAAGACAGUGCCGCUGACGCGGAAGCUUGCGGUCUACACUCGCACUUCCGCGCUCGAGACAUUGCUCAGGUUAACAUCGAGCGGAGCGAGUGUAGACCGCAAGCUUCCGCGUCAGCGGCCACGUGGAUUACUAUGACGUUUACCAUAUCAUAGAAAUCCACGUGUCCGCUAAAGCGGAAGACAGUGCCGCUGACGCGGAAGCUUGCGGUUCACACUCGCGCAGAGCGCUCGGGUCGAGCGGAGCGAGUGUAGAUCGCAAGCUUCCGCGUCAGCGGCCACGUGGAUUACUAUGACGUUUACCAUAUCAUAGUAAUCCACGUGGCCGCUAACGCGGAAGCUUGCGGUCUACACUCGCGCUUCCGCGCUCGAGACAUUGCUCAGGUUAACAUCGAGCGGAGCUAGUGUAGAUCGCAAGCCAUAUCAUAGUAAUCCACGUGUCCGCUAAAGCGGAAGACAGUGCCGCUGACGCGGAAGCUUGCGGUCUACACUCGCGCUUCCGCGCUCGUGAUUUUUCUACUAAUAAUUCCACGUCAUAGCAUUCCACGUGGAAUCCCAAUAAAUAGAUUUUUGCAGCUCUUAUUUUGCUGCUACGAAUCUGAAUGCCUUCAAGAAUGUGGCUAUGACCUGGAAUCGUUGUUCGAAAACGAUAUGGCAAAAAACAUUCAAACCGACGCCGCAAAACUUCUCACCAAAUACAACAUGGCCUUCUUCAAAAACGUGGCACCUCUCGAAUUCUUGCUAUUGUUCCACGCCGAUCCCGAUUCAGUGCUCAUUGAGUUCUGGAAAAUCCGAGCGACACAUCUCAACAAAAUCAAGAGCAGAUUGGAUGAUGGAAGAAUGGGCAAUGAGAAUCGGAAGAAGCCUUUUUUCUAG